CUCACUGGAGAAACUCCGUAAUAAAAGAAAAAUAAUGCAUAACAUCAAGUGAUUUUUUGUUCUAUUCAAGAAACAAAGAAAUCAAAGUCGCAACCCAACAAAGAAACAGUGAUAAUAAAAUAAUUAAGCAAUUAGAUGACAUGGGACUGUUAGAGCCUCUUGCCAAUUUAGUGGGAGUUCCUCCUGCAGCUCUUAGUUUACUGCUAUCCGUUUUGCUAGGUUACCCCUUGGCCUACGUUUAUCGCACGUAUGUACAUAAAAAUCAAUCGAAGACAGUGUGUCAGCUAUUUUUAGCCAUUUCGGGCAUCCUUUUGUGCACUUUCAACUAUGGCUUCGGAGUUUACCACAGUUUACUGGCCGUUCUCGCCUCGUACUUGUUCAUCACUUUUUUGCCAGCGAAAUCGCUUCUCGUUCCCGUGACCUUCACUUUCCAUUUUGGAUAUUUGCUCAUCGGAUAUUACUUCACGACGACGGAAAAGUAUGACAUCACCUGGACCAUGCCGCAUUGCGUGCUCGUUUUGCGUCUCAUCGGAUUGUCGUUCGAUGUGCAAGACGCCACUGUCCCGGAAGAGAAACAAUCAAAGGACAUGAAACGAUUACGGAUCGUCGAUAAACCAGGCCUUUUGGAAAUCGCAUGUUACACAUAUUUCCCCGCUACAAUGCUCGUGGGGCCUCAAUUCCCCCUGGAACGCCUUCGCAGGUACUUGAAUCACGAAUUUGACGCUUUUACGGGACACACGAGUUACGCGUUGACUCGCUUCGGACAAGGCGUUUUGUAUUUAACGAUGAAUCAAGUGCUCGCUCUUUACGUACCUGAUGCGUAUCUCUUGUCCGACGACUUUGCGAACCGGAGUUUCUUCGCGCGAUGGUUUUUCGUCGCUGUCUGGGGCAAAAUGGUCAUCUACAAGUACGUCUCGUGUUGGAUGUUGGCUGAGGGAUCUGCCGUUUUGUUCGGAAUUACGUUCAACGGCAAGAAACCGAAUGGCGAGGAAGACUGGACCGCAUGUGCCAACAUCAAAAUUUGGCUGUUUGAGACUGCAACGCACUUUGGCGAGUACAUCCAAGCGUUUAAUAGUCAAACAAACUUCUGGGUUGCUCACUACGUGUACAAGAGGCUCAAGUUCCUCGGCAACAAACAUGCCAGUCAUAUACUCACGUUGUUGUUCCUCGCCGUAUGGCAUGGUUUCCACAGCGGCUACUACAUGACAUUCUUCAUGGAAUUCGCUUUUGUCGUGUUCGAAAAGGAACUCGAAACGGCAGUUUCUCGAAAUGAGCCCGCCAAGCGGUUCAUGGAACAACAUUACUCGAAUCCCGUCAUGCGCGUCGCUCGGAAUAUUUAUUGCGUCGGAUUUAGUGGAUGGAAUUUGGUGCCGUUCGUUUUCUUGAGCUUCGGAAAAUGGUGGCAUAUUUACAAGACCGUUUACUUUUACGGAUUUAUCGUUAUCCCGUUAGCUUUUGCGGCAGGACCGAUUUUUAAGGUCAUUUUGCCACCCACAAGGCCAAGAAGCGAUGCCAAAAAAGCAGAAUAAUGUGACGAAAUUAGAAAAAAAUUCGUUGAAAAUUGAAAUUUUUGUAGUUAAUUUACAUCGAAACCGAAUAAAUAAAAACAAAAAAAAAACAGAGGAAACAAGGAGAUAAGUAGAGUAAAUAGUAAAUUUAGUAGGAAAAAAAUCACUUUUUAAAUAAAUAAUUAAAUAUACACUUUAUAUAGUCGAAACUAGUGAAAAGGAGAAAGAAAGUCAAUAAUUUUAAAUGAAAUGAAAUAUAUACACUAUAUAUUUUUUUGCAGCGUGUAUUAAAUAAAUUAUAGAAUAAUUGAAGGACAAUUCACAUCAACUAUGGAGAAUAUAAAGUAAUGUUAAUAAAAAUACUUUAAGUUGUUCAAAACUUUACACCAAUAAAGCUUGACACACA